AUGCCGCCGCUUAAUAAUAUGGACGAGCUGGGCGACUUCUUCGAGUUCACCGAUCUGGACUUGAAUGGAUUGCCAAACGUGGGUUCGACGCAUUAUUCUGACGCCAAUCAAAUCGCGGGCGCGCACCCUAGCACACCUUUUGAAGAGAUGAACGAGAUGCAGGCCAUGUCGGCGACAUCAGCAAAGGAUUUUGCUACGCCGGAACAAUUUCAGCAUCACGCUUUCGGUAGCCAGGCGUCAAAUCGAAUGCCGUACACCGCCGAUUUAUAUCAGGCUGCUAUGCAACAACAGCAUCAACAGCAACAACAGCAGCAACAGCAGCAGCAGCAGCAAGGAUACGGUACAAGUCAGCCUUUUCAAUUUUCAGCACAAUCUGGCUAUUCCUCGAAUCAACAGAUCCCGCCGACCCCAAAUAGCUUCGAAAUGCAUGGCGAGGCAGGUCGAUUUCUUCUGCAGCGGCAACAUCAGUCGCAACAAGCACAGCCUUUACCGCCUUUGGACCCUCAGCAGCGCGCUAUCCUGGAACAGAGAUACCAAUUGCGAAAAGAAGACAUUGCAUACACACCGAUGGUCUCACCGGCUGGAACGCCUUCUCAGUUCGCUGUCCCAGACUACACUAUCAACCCAGGUGCCUACUUCUCUCCCCUGACUUCGCCUGCGCUCCACGCACAGAACCCGCAACAACAUUUCCAGCACGGAUACCACAAUGCAGGAACGGCUGUGAGCUCCAACGCUCCUUCGCCACAUGAUUUGAACGGAGAUGUAGACAUGAUGGGCGACGACAUCACGCUUUCCGAGUCCGCAGCCACAGUGAAGAAGCCUCGUCUAAAGCGUGCCAAUACACCUCGCACUGCCGAUCCUUUGGCUCGCGUCCGGCAAAGUCCCAUUCAAAAGGCCUCAAAGCGAAAAUCAGCGAGCAUGCUCGCGUCCUUUGCCGUGGCUGAUGCCGAGGGCUAUAAGCCACCGUCUCGCGGCCCUAGCUCUCAACCUGGUUCAGCUGGCUUGUCUGUUCCUCCUCAGUUUCGCAAUGACAGUUCCGAGAGCGGUAGCAUCAGCCCUGAGCCCCUGAGCGAAGCGCUGAUGGGUCCGCCACCGCGUCGCACUGCCACGAGUGUUACAAACUCCCCAGCCUUGCAAGCAAACCAACACCCUCAUCAGAGCCCCAAAACUUCCGCGGGCAAUUCUGCUACGGCUGCUGCGGCUGCUGCCACUCCAAAGUCGUUCCUCUCGAUGCAUGGCGGUCAGAAUCGCGGCACAGCAUCUGGCGCCAACACUGGCGAGUCAUUCGGAGGUGCCACCAUGGAUGAAGACUUUGUUGAUAUCCAACUACCGGGCGCUGCGACCGUCGUCGAUGCUCCCGUGACGUCUGCCACCCUCACCAACGGCCGUAGAUCCACCGCUUCUUCCUCAUCGGGACGACCAGUACUCCAUCAGCUCAACACUGCAACCUCGAAAGGCAACACCGGCGCCCCUGAUUCUGCCGAUCCUCCAACUGCCGGAACUAAUACUGCCUCAAACACACCGCGCCUCUCAGCAGCACGAAAAACGCCCAAACUGGGUCCUACCAGCACGCCUUCCUCAUCUGCCAGACUCACAAUGUCUCCGAUGACGGCAUCGACGCCAGGUGCGCUGCUCCGUGACCGGAAAGGCGAUGCUACAAAGUCCGCCAGGGGCCACAGCAAGAAACGGAGCAGUGUUGGUUCAGUCGCGAGCAUUGCUGCAGCAGGUGGAAGCGGUAGCGUCAAUGGCGGGACAAGCUCUGUCCUCGUCUCUCCUGCGCUUAGGCCCAAGAUUAGCCCGAGCAUCAAACCGCUGUUACCAGAAGGAAGCACCCUUCAUUCCCCGACCCACGCCUUGCUCCUGGCAUCGAAAUCGAACUACCAAAAUCUACUCGAAGGAAAUACUUUGCCCGGAGUCAACUACCCCGACUCCCUCUCCACCGGUCUCACCAGCAAACGCACCUCACACAAAGUCGCCGAACAGGGCCGGCGGAAUCGCAUCAACGAAGCUCUGCGCGAGAUGCAAUCACUCCUUCCCAAACCUCCCACCAGCGCUUCCAAGACAGGCGGCGACUCCUCCCCUGCCCAAUCAGGUUCGGCCUCGAAGAAAGGAAGCAUCGCUGCAGGCGCAUCUGCUGAUGCAGCCGACAACGAUGACGAUGCCGACGAUCGCAGAGACGACUCCAACAACGCCAAAAGCUCCUCAAGCAAAGCCGCCACGGUCGAGUCCGCAAACGAAUACAUCCGCCAACUCCAACGCGAGAACGCGCAGGUUGCCCUCCUCAAGAAACAGCUCGAGGACGUCAAAUUGCAACUCGCACGCAUGAGCACGACUUCGCCAACGAACAAGUCGUUAAUCACCUCGCCUGAGCUCACGAAGGGCAUGGAUGGCAUGUCGAUGACGCAGCGGAAGAAUCCCGCUCAGGUGGUCGGCUCGCAGGACGAUGAUGAGCACCUCGAGGAUGCGGAUGUGGAUGCAGACGGUGUAGAGAUGGAAGGGCGGGUUUCGACGUUGCCGGCGGUGAAGGAGGUUGAGGAAAGUGUUCCGAUGGAAGUUUGA